AUGCACGCUAGAUCUACUCUCAUCGCUCUUGCAGCUUCCACAUCAUACGCAGUUGCUCUGUCAACAGGUUGUACCACUCAACUUGCAUCUCUCGCUCUGGGUGAUUUGGGAUCAUGUCUUCAACUUACUAGUUUACUUCCGGUUCUGAGCGGCAGCAGUAAUAGCUCCGUCAUUUCAACAGUAAACACCUAUCUCACAUCACUUUGUUCGUCAUCGACUCCAACAUGCGCCAAUGGUACUUUGACUUCAGCUCAAUCAUCAGUCCAAUCUGCCUGUGCAUCAGAUUUCUCUGAAGGUGGUACAAGCGCAGUGGAGAUCCAAGGAUUGAUUGGAUUAUUAGGUCAUUAUGAUCAGAUUUACGAUGCUGGUUGUUCAAAGAAUGCUACGACAAACGAUUACUGUAUUGUCGAUGCAUUGAAUACCGUCUCAAAUGCUACUGGUCAAACUAUCUCGUUGAGCUAUAUCACCUCUAUCCUCUCGGGAGACAGUACAGUUCUGAGCGGAUUAGAAACUGUUUAUAACUCUGGUUCACUUUGUACCGGAUGUGUUUCAGGUAUCUAUUACGAAGCUUUACAAGCUAAUUCAUCGAUUGCUUCAACCUCUUUCGGACAAGGUUUAACAUCUAAAUGUGGUUCAUCCUUUGGUACUAUUGCACCUAACUCGACCACGUCUUCCGAUACCACCGCAGCAUCAUCGUCUGCUGCAUCUAGCGGAUCUUCUUCGACCGGUGAAAUGACUGUACCCCUAGCCACUUUCGGAAUGGCAGGAGCUGUGAUAGCUGCUCUUGCCGUAGGUGCUGCUUCCGUACUUUAG